AUGUUUGCUCGUUUAAGGGAAGGAUCUUUGCCACGGUUUUAUGUGGGUCAUUCGAUUUACAAAGGGAAAGCUGCUCUUACGAUAGAGCCUCGAGCCCCAGAGUUUGUGGCUUUAGAAUCUGGUGCAUUCAAGCUUUUAAAAGAAGGGUUUUUGCUGCUCCAGUUUUCUCCUGCAGCUGGUGUUCGUCAGUAUGAUUGGAGCAGAAAACAAGUGUUCUCAUUGUCGGUUACAGAUAUCGGUAAUUUAGUUGGCCUUGGGCCAAAGGAAUCAUGUGAAUUCUUACAUGAUCGUAACAAGGGAAAAGGACUAAAAAUAUCUUUUGAAAUCCACUAUUGUAACAAGCUUUCAAAUGUAGAUGAGAGUGUAUACAUACCAAUCACGAAAGCAGAGUUUGCUGUUCUUAUCUCUACUUUCAACUUCAUCUUGCCGCACCUUAUAAGCUGGCAAGCGUUUGCAAGCUCCAUAAAACCAGAAGACUCUAACCAUCUUAACAAUGUGCCAUCCCCUAAGUAUGGAGGAGACUACGAAUGGAGUAGAUGA